UACCGUGAUUUUGAAUUCUGAGAAAUGGGUGCCCCAAUUCCACCUCUAAUCUGGGAAUUCUGUGGGAAUAAUACUAAUAGAAUAAAAAGGAAUUCAAAAGAAAAAACGGAAGAAGAAAAAAGGGGUUGGGGAGGGGGGGUUAGAUCUGACCGCAAGGUAUCACAUCACUUGUAAUUUGAGGAAGCGUUAUCCAAAGAUGUGCAAAAAGGGUUUGGAUACACUUUUUGAGAAACUUGCAAAUGCAUACACCAAACGGUCAUUCAAGAGGUUGUAUGGCGACUUGAAAGCAAGGUACCCAGCUGCUGGCAAUUACAUUGACAAUAUCCCAAAGAAAAGAUGGGCCAGGGCGUAUUUUGAAAUAAACCGGUACCAAAUAAUGACGACAAAUGGCGCCGAAUCAAUCAAUAGCGUAUUGAGGGAGGACAGGGAACUUCCUAUUGUUGCACUUUUAAAAGCAGUCCAGAACAUGACAUCAAGAUGGCGUGGAAAAAGGCAACAAGAGUUAAGGUCUCUCGAUGCGUCAAAUCCCCCUGUUACCCUGGCUGUUGAAGCUGAAAUGCGCAAGAGAUUCAACACUGCCUUGCGCUUGGAAUGUCAUCAGUUGAAUCAAUACGAGUUUGAAGUCAAGGGAGUGCACUCUGACCAUGUUGUUAACCUUUCAAAUAAAACUUGCACGUGCCAAGUGUUUGACAAGGAUAUGAUACCUUGCGUGCAUGCACUCGCUUGUUCAGAACGCACAUGCAUAGAUUGUUAUAGCCUGUGUAGUAAAUUAUACACAAAGGAUUACAUGUAUAUCGCAUACGCGGAAACAAUCUACCCCGUGCCACAUGAAGAUGACUGGGAUGCCGAUGGAAUGGAGCUCUUAGAAGUCAAACCCCCUAUAUUGAACAAGCAAAGAGGAAGGCCAACAACGAAGAGAUUUCCAUCGGACGGUGAGGCACGAAAAAAAUAUAAAUUGACAUGUUCUGGUUGCCAAGGAAAAGGGCAUACAGUACGGACAUGCGCAAAGAGACCUCGCAAAGACACAUCUACGACAAAUGACUUGAAUAAUACUGAUUGCAUGUAAUUGUAUUCGAAGAGAGGUCUAAAGAGUGCCUUCCAGUGAAUCUGGGAAUUCUUCAGUCUAUGAAGGUUCUGAUGCUUGAUAAGAAUCGAAUGACAGCCUUACCUGAUGAAUUAGGCCAGCUAGUGAAGCUGGAGUUCUUAUCUGUCUCAGAGAACUCUUUAGUAAACUUGCCUGAUACAAUUGGGAGCUUGCGCAAUUUAGUUCUUUUAAAUGUGUCAAGCAACAAAUUGACAUUGUUGCCAGAAUCUAUUGGAAACUGUUCCUCUCUGGAAGAAUUACAAGCAAAUGAUAAUUCUAUUGAAGAACUCCCGGCUUCUGUUUGCAGCCUUGUUCAUUUAAAGUCAUUACGCUUGAACAAUAACAAUCUCAAACAGUUGCCUCCAGAUUUGUUACAAAAGUGCAAAAUGUUACAGAGCAUAUCCCUUCACGGCAAUCCUAUCUCUAUGGAUCAAUUUCAACAGAUGGAAGGUUUUCAAGAAUUUGAAGCUCGAAGGAAAAAGAAAAUUGAUAAACAGAUUGAUUCUAAUGUGAUAAUUAGCUCAAAUGGGCUAGACGCAGGGGUUGACCAAUGACACCAAUGACAUAUCUGUAAAGGUUUUCAAUACACUUCUUUGAGUAAUUUUAUUUGUACCUAUUACUCUUAGCUUUGGGAAAAACACAUUUUAAGACUCUUGAGCACGUCAUAGACUAAUUAAGCGAUUUCGUGUAG